UCAAUAUGCGCAGAUCACUAUAACGUCCAUGUUGACGAAGAGUUGGAGAUCUAGACUUCUGUAUUCAAAACAAAAAGAAAGCAGAUACAUUGUAUUUAAAAGAGACGUAUCCCCAGUGGAUUGGUAUAUAAGGAACUCUUUUUGAGGACAAGCCCUACAUACUGGGACCCUUAACUCUAUUUUGCUUGGAACAUGGCUGAAUCAGAACUUAUGAAGUUUAGAAAUAGUUUACAGCCUAUAGAAGGAGAGCUUCCGAAAACAAAAGAAGAGCUUGAAGAGCUUCUGAAUAUUGUAAAGAAAUUUUCUGCAAAUUUUCAGAGAAAAAAAGAAGAGGGAAAGACAUUGAAAGAUGACGACUUACCGGAGAUAGAGAAAGCAGACGAUCUUAACAAGUCGGAAGAAUUCUCUGAAUCAGACAAAGAGCUAUAUGGCAACAACUUUGAAAGCAGAGAGGUUGAGGAGGCUGCUCGGCCAACACUUGGUGCUACUCAACUAGUAGGAGAGGCUGCUCGGCCAACACUUGGUGCUACUCAACUAAUAGGAGAGGAUGCUUGGCCAACACUGGAAAAUCCCCUCUCUGAUAAAGUGUUACCCCCAAGAGAGAAACGGGUAACACGCCUCUUAAGAGAGAGUAAUGUUCAACCAGCAAAAGAGGAUAUUCAACCAGAAAAGCGUAUUCCUCAACCAGCAAGCAUAUUCCUCGACCAGCAGAGCAUGUUUCUCAACCAGCAGAUGUUCCUCAACCAGCAGAACAUGCUAUUCAACCAACAGAGAAUGUUCCUCAACUGGCAGAAUGUGUGCUUGAACCAGCAGAGCAUGUUGCUCAACCGGCAGUGUGUGCCUCAACCAGCAGAGCCUAUUCCUCAACUAGUAGAGCGUGUUCCUCAGCCAGCAGAGCAUGUUCCUCAACCAGCAAAGCCUUGUUCUCAACUAGCAGAGCCUAUUCCUCAACCAGUAGAGUGUGUUCCUCAAACAGCUGAGCAUGUUCCUCAAACAGAACCUGAUGCUCAACCAGCAGAACCUGAUGCUCAACCAGCAGAACCUGAUGCUCAACCAGUAGAACCUGAUGCUCAACCAGCAGAACCUGAUGCUCAACCAGCAGUCAAUUUUGAGAAUGUCUUUGCAGCUUUUGUUUCUGGAAUAGUAGUUGGCAUUUAUAUUGAAAGAGUCCGCAAUGCUAGAGCUGGUUAUGUCACUGCUAUAGCUGAUGCUAGCAAUUCUAUAACAUAUGUAUGCAAUGCUCUAGCAGGUGUUGGCACUGCUGUUGCUCGUGUUGGCAUUGCUGUGGCAGGUGUUCACAAUGCUAAUGCUUAUGUCGGAAAUGUACCUUUUGUUGGCACUGCUAUAGCAAGAGUUGCAAAUGCUAUAGCUGAUGCUAGCAAUUCUAUAGCAGAUUUAUGCAAUGAUUUUGCUGCAGUUGGCAAUGAUGGAGCAGCUGAUAUCUAGAAACUUAAACAAUACUUUUUGGAAAGAUGUUGUAAAGUGUAACAUUGAUUGUUAGCUCACCGUUGUCCCUCCACAUUUGUUCUUCAACACUCUAGUGGUCACAUUUUUACCUCAAUCAUCAUCAAACUUUGUCAGGAUGCUUGUCUAGGUAAUUGCUCGGAUGAGUUAUAAACAUGGGUCAUCCCGGAUAAAGACUAGAGCACAGGACAUAAAAAUAGAAAAAUCUUGUUAACACUCUAGUGGCUACUGUUAUUAUCCAAAUAUCCUGGAAAUUGGUCUACAUUUGUUUUGAUUAUUUCUAGGUCAAGUUUGAAUAUAGUCAAGUCUUGGGGUUUUUUUUCUGUAUAAGGGUAGGUUGGGGAUUAUUUUUUAGCUUCUUUCUGCAGAUUCAUUUUUUUAAAAUGCUUGUUACUUGAAAAUUAUACAUUUGAAAUAUGUAUUACAUCUUUAUACCUAAGCUUUACCUUGCUGUACUUGGAAGUGAAUAUCCUUUGCCACCGUUAGCUGUAGAGAUGCCAGUCUGUACAUUUGGCAGUCUGACCAGGCUCUAGUCUAUAAUGUUGGCUUACUAACUUGAAAUUUUAUCAUGCUAUCCUUUAAAUUGAUAAUAGACUUUUCCAAAUUCAAAGCAAGGCAAAUCCAUUAGACAAAUUCAGAAGGGUAAGGAUUAUUUGGGUGACAUUAUUCAGUGUCUGGGACAUUUCGUACUGUAUUGAUUGCUUUAAUAUUUGAUAGUCCUUAGAUGAAUCAAAUCUAAACAGUCCGGCAAAUAAUCUAAAAUCAAAUAAAUCAAAUAAAAUCAAAUGUUUUUGGGAUACAUUUGAGCAUGUGUAUUGUGUUUUCAUGAAAUGAUCUUUCGUUUUGGUUUAGUAAAUCUUUGGGAAACACGAAGUUUUUACAAAGGCAAGAAGGCUAGAAAUUUUUUACUAAGUAUUAUUGAUCCUUUAAGAGAGUUACAUGGCGAUAUAAAAAAAAUAUACAUAGACACGCACCAACCCAAUACAGCAAGGUAGAUUAGAUUUUUUUCUGAUAACAAAUAAUUUAAAUCAGUUUGUACGUAAAUGUGACAUUGAUGCUAGUUAUAGAUCUGAUCAUUCAAUGAUAUAUUUGGAGUUUUGUUUUGUUCCUGUUAGUCAUGGAAAAGGUUUUUGGAAAUGUAAUAAUGCUCUUUUACAUGACAUUGAAUUCCUUGAUAUCCUUAAUAAGAAAAUAGAUGAAAUAAAAUUGCAAUAUUGUUUACUUGUAUGUAAUAUAGAUUAUGUUUUGGAUAUUGCUUUGAAUUUGUAACAUACGUUUACUGAAAUUUUGGGUUUAAAGAUAAAUUUUGACAAAACAAACGUUAUUUGGAUAGGUUCUCUUAAAUAUAGUACUAGAUCAAUUAAGACAAGGUGGAAACUAACAUGGGGUGACACACAGUUUAAAAUUAAGGAUAAACUUUUGAUGUUAUUUUAGAAAAAAAUAUUGAUCUGAAUUUUGAUGAAAAGCAGCAGAAAGUAAAAAAAUGGUAUUAGUCAUUGGGAAAUAAAGGGAAUUAACUCCACUAGGAAAAAUCACUGUUGUUUAGUCAAUAUUGCUUUCUUUUUUUAAUCAUUGUUUUACAAGCCUACCUACACCUAAUACUGCUUUUUUGAGAGAGACACUUAAUGACUUAUUUUAUGAUUUUAUAUGGGAAGGUAAGGCAAAAGUCUGUAAUCAUUAUAACAUACAAAGAAGGUGGACUUUACAUGGUAGAUGUUAGUAGUCAUGUUCAUUCUUUAAUAAUAAAAUGGUUUAAAAGAUAUGUAAGUAAUUGUGAUAGUAAAUGUUAUAACUCAUUGUUUAUUGAUAAAGUUUUUAAUUCUGGAAAAAUGUUUUGUAUAUUAAUUAAUUAUGCCCCCAUUUCGAAGAAAAGGGGGUAUAUUGCUUUGCACUUGUCGGUCCGUCGGUCCGUCGGUCUGUCGGUCCGUCGGUCCGUAGACCAAAUGGUUUCCGAGUGAUAACUAAAGAACCCUUAAGCCUAGGAACUUCAAACUUGGUAUGGUGAUUGGUCAUGACCAGUAGAUGACCCCUAUUGAUUUUGGGGUCAAGGGGUCAAAGGUCAAGGUCACAUUGACCUUGAAAGCAAAAACGGUUUCCGAUCAAUAACUAAAGAACCUUAAGGCCUAGGAACUUCAAACUUGGUAUGGUGAUUGGUCAUGACCAGUAGAUGACCCCUAUUGAUUUUGGGUCAAGGGGUCAAAGGUCAAGGUCACAUUGACCUUGAAAGCAAAAAACGGUUUCCGAUCAAUAACUAAAGAACCUUAAGGCCUAGGAACUUCAAACUUGGUAUGGUGAUUGGUCAUGACCAGUAGAUGACCCCUAUUGAUUUUGGGGUCAAGGGGUCAAAGGUCAAGGUCACAUUGACCUUGAAAGCAAAAACGGUUUCCAAUCAAUAACUAAAGAACCUUAAGGCCUAGGAACUUCAAACUUGGUAUGGUGAUUGGUCAUGAUCAGUAGAUGACCCCUAUUGAUUUUGGGGUCAAGGGGUCAAAGGUCAAGGUCACAUUGACCUUGUAAGCAAAAACGGUUUCCGAUCAAUAACUAAAGAACCUUAAGGCCUAGGAACUUCAAACUUGGUAUGAUGAUUGGUCAUGAUCAGUAGAUGACCCCUAUUGAUUUUGGGGUCAAGGGGUCAAAGGUCAAGGUCACAUUGACCUUGAAAGCAAAAACGGUUUCCGAUCAAUAACUAAAGAACCUUAAGGCCUAGGAACUUCAACUUGGUAUGGUGAUUGGACAUGAUCAGUAGAUGACCCCUAUUGAUUUUGGGGUCAAGGGGUCAAAGGUCAAGGUCACAUUGACCUUGUAGGUAAAAACGGUUUCCAAUCAAUAACUUAAGAACCUUAAGGCCUAGGAACUUCAAACUUGGUAUGGUGAUUGGUUAUGACCAAUCAGAUAACCCCUAUUGAUUUUGGGGUUAAGAGGUCAAAGGUCAAGGUCACAUUGACCUUGUAGGUAAAAACGGUUUCCGAUCAAUAAUGAAAGAAACCUUAGGCCUAGGGACUUCAAACUUGAGAUGGUGAUUGGUCAUGACCAGUAGAUGACCCCUAUUGAUUUUGGGGUUAAGGGGUAAAGGCAAGGUCACAUUGACCUUGUAGGUAAAAAUGCUUUCCGAUCAAUAACUUAAGAACCCUUAUGCCUAGGAACUUCAAACUUGGUAUGGUGAUUGGUCAUGACCAGCAGAUGACCUAUUGAUUUUGGGGUCAAGGGGUCAAAGGUCAAGGUCACAUUGACCUUGUAGGUAAAAACGGUUUCCGAUCAAUUAACUAAAAACGCUUAGGCCUAGGAACUUCAACCUUUGUGUGAUGAUUGGUCAUGACCAGCAGAUGACCCCUAUUGAGUUUUAGGUGAAGGGGUCAAAGGUCAAGGUCACAUUGACCUUUUAAGUAAAAACGGUUUCUGAUCAAUAACUCAAGAACACUUAGGCCUAGGAACUUCAAACUUGGUAUGGUGAUUUGUCAUGACCAGCAGAUUACUCCUAUUGAUUUUGGGAUUAAGGGGUCAAAGGUCAAGGUCACAAUGACCUUGUAAGUAAAAACGGUUUCUGAUCAAUAAUUAAAGAACGCUUCGGCCUAGGAACUUCAAACUUGGCAUGGUGAUUGGUCAUGACCAGCAGAUGACCCUAUUGAUUUUGGGGU